CUUAAAAAACCCUCUGCCUAUAUAAACCCUACUAACACUGCAAUUUUGAUUCACUUGUAGCCCUCCUCCGCCUUCCCCGUCACUUCCUCCACCACCCCACCAUCGUUUUUUCGCCUUCUCCGGUUCGGUCCGUAUCUGGGUUUUUGAUUGUGCACCAGAUGUCUGUUGGCUCCAGGAAGAAGCAUCAUUUCUUUGUUUGGAGUGCAUUCCUUUUCAUGAACUGCAGAAGGUUGUGGUGCUCACGGAAGAUACUGUUUCGGCAUUGGACUUGACAGCAGUUGAAUUUUUUUUUGUUUUAGGGGUGGGUUGGAGGCUCUGGUGUUCUGUGCAGAUAGCUCUUUUAGUCUAGAUUUCGUCAGCGCGCCCUUUUGGGCUGCUUUGAAUUUAGUUCUUUUUUUUUGGAUCAUUUCAAUGGCACGGCUUCCGCCUGGGUUUCGUUUUCACCCUACUGAUGUUGAGCUGAUUAUGUACUAUCUCAAACGAAAGAUCACGGGAAAAAAAUUUCAUUUUGAAGUCAUAACAGAACUCAACAUCUACAAGUUCUCCCCAUGGGACCUUCCAGACAAAUGUUGCUAUAAAAGUAAAGAUCUAGAGUGGUACUUCUUUUGCCCAAGGGAGAGAAAGUAUGCAAGUGGAGGCAGAAUGAAUCGCGCUACUGAUAGUGGAUACUGGAAAACUACUGGGAAAGAUAGAUAUGUUACUUACGAUGAGAAGAUUGUUGGAUCAGUUAAAACACUUGUUUUUCACCUAGGUCAUCCCCCGCGAGGGCAGAGAACUGAUUGGUUAAUUCACGAAUACAAGUUUGAAGAUAAAGAAUCAAUUGAUGCAGGAUUUGCUCAGGAUUCAUAUGUGCUUUAUAAAGUAUUCCAGAAGAGUGGGCCAGGUCCAAAGAAUGGUGCACAGUACGGAGCACCUUUUAAGGAGGAAGAUUGGGAAGAUGACAAGAUUCCUGCUGAACCUUGUACGUCAGAUGUUUUUCCAGCUCCACCUGGUAGGCCUGAUAAACCCAGCACCUCAAAUGCAACCAGAGUGGUUGACCCAGGAAGCACAUCUGUCUGGCCUUCAAGUGAACUGAGUCCAUCUCCCAUUCAGCCUUCUGUUCAAAAACUGCCUUUGGAUGAGCCAGAUGAUGAGGAGUUACCUGGUGAACCGAAGCUGUCCAAUGUAUCUUCUAUCAAUUGGAUGCCUUCAGAUCAGCUAAAAGCGAAAUCGUCCAAUAUUUUUUCUGCUCUGCCUAUACUGCCUGAGAAACAGAGUUGUUCAGUAGAUACCAGCCUGGCCAACCCUGGUCCAGGUCCAUCUAAUGAUCAGAUGUGUACUAAUGAGAUGGCUCCUGAUGAGCUAGAUGACGAGAUGAUUGGUCUAUUUACCCAAUUCACAGAAGAUACUUCCUUGCUUUCUGGUGGUAAUGAGACUAAUCAGCAGAAGCUAGAGAACUUUCACCAAGAUGUAAAUGCUCCAUCUGCUGCUUUUACUGAUGGGAAUGAUAUAUUUGACGACCUUGGAGACAUCGAAGUCUGGGCAAGAGUAGGGCAGCUGGAACCUGAUCUCACUGCAAGUGGUGGAGCUAAUUAUAGUCUUAACCCCGUGAUCCUGCCACAAGACGCUGCCUAUAUGGAGCUCAAUGAUCUUGAUAUCCCUUUAAAUCACCCUGCUGAAACCAUUGGAACUGGACAAUUGGUGCCGGGCCAUUUCUGUACUCCAUAUAACUCCAACAUUGGCAUGCAGCAGCUUUGUUUUGGAAGCAAUUCCUUGGGCAUAGUUCAAGAUUUUGGCGAACAUCGUCUCCCGACGCUCCCUGAAAGUUACACUCAACAAGUGAAUCAUCCUGACAUGGCUUACAAUUUUCAGAAUAACGCAAAUCAUGGUUAUAAUGCUGCGACUAAUUUCAGUGUUAGCUCUUACAAGCAACCAGAGGAGAGUAGACUCGAUGCCCAAAACCUGGAAAGAGGGGUGCAGCAACGAAAGUUUUAUUUGAGCAUAUUUGCUCUUUGGGAUGGUUCCUUCUUACUUGUCAAGGCUGAGGUGACCUUUGGGGUUGAUGGAUGCACUGACGACGCCUUGUCAGUUGUACUGGGAGAGCAAAGAAAGUUGUAUUCGAGCAUAUUUGCUCUUUGUGGUGGCUCCUUCAUACUUGUCAAGGCUGAGGUGACUCUUGGGGUUGAUGGAUGCACUAACGACGCCUUGUCAGUUAUACUGGGAGAGCAAAGAAAACUGUAUUUGAGCAUAUUUGCUCUUUGUGGUGGCUCCUUCAUACUUGUCAAGGCUGAGGUGAUUCUUGGGGUUGAUGGAUGCACUAACGACGCCUUGUCAGUUAUACUGGGAAACCCCUCUUUUACUUUUACCCGUGUGUCAAAUGUUGAUAAGGCAGAUUUUUCUAAGAAAACGCAUGUUGCCUUCUGUUUUGGGUUUAGUUUGGCUUUCAUUUGCUUUUCACAUGUGGAGAUGUUAUGGUUCAAUUCAUUAUGGGAAUUGUAUCAAUUUAUUGUCUUUAAGAUAUUGCUAAACCAACUUCAAUUUAAUUCAAGUGGAACACCUUUUCAUCUUCAUUUCAUCUCAGCUAUAAAGCUAACUAGUGCUCUGAGUUUAGUAACUAACACCUUCCUUAAAUGGUCAUAAAUGCAUUAGUCAUGAUGAUGUUUA